AUGCCGCACUAUCGUCACACAGAAAUGCCAUUCGGGGAACAAAUUAAGCGAACUCCGCAGCUUUUCGAGUUUGCCGUUGCUGACGACCUUCCAUCACAUGCAUUUGAAAGCGUAAGGACGAAUUCGGUCCGAUUCUGGGAGGGGGUCAUAUCAAGAGAGGUGCACGAACGUUUGGGAGCACCCCAUGGUACAGGGCACGGCAUCACUGGCCAAAUGGCAGAGAGUAGUAGAGCCUGCAUCCGGCGUCCCAGGGCGGUGUCAAAAGAGGUGGUCGACGGAGGCAUGGGAGGCUAUUCUGCGAUUACACAGAUCCGUACCUUGUUGAACUGUUUCUCCGCCGCCAACAUGGUUCGUGCACGGAUCAAUGGUGUUCCCUUCGUUCCUGACGCCCCCGUCCGGCUACACCCAGACCAGAAAGGGGGGGGGGGAACGAAAAUACGUCUCUACGGCACUCCGGAACCACGACCAAGGAGAUACGUCGCUGGGAUUCUGCUAAGUACCUGGUGCUUAAAGGUCGACCAGAGUAGGAAACUCCCUGCACUUGAGGGGAGGGAGGAUUUGGAGUGUGUUAUCGGGAAUGAUUGCAUAUGCGGGUGGGGAGAAGUUGGUCGUCAGAAUUGGCAAGUGCGCGGCAAGGUCUGGCGUGCCUUGCGAUUCGGAUCAACUCUGGAAUGGAACCGAGGCUUAGUGUCUCGAAGACAGCCAAGAGUAUGGAACACACAACUGGAUCACGUUCUGUGGGCCGGCGGUGCACGGGCGACCGUCCAUGUCACACACACAGGCUCCAACACUGCGGUGUGGCGAUUCGAUCCUCGCGACUUUUCCGAAACGAUUAUGUACAUGACUUGCAGCCUGAGACAAGAAGCCUACCUCGUUUUCUUCUUCAUCGAAAAGGCGACUGCAAGGGUGGACAUGCGUUCUAAUUCCGUCCGCGGCGGCGGUCCAACUGACCGCAGUGAUACGCAUACUCCUAAACGCCAUGCGACAGGCCUGUGGAUCAGUGAGGGCGUGUGGCGACUGUAUACAUUACUGGAUGCACACACUAUCUGGAUAUGGGUGACGUGAGGUGAUGAUGACAUAGAAGUCGAGGGGCGUAUGUACUAAGGUAUGUUUUGUGCAGAGGCUGUGUUGGUUGCCUGACAUGAACUGACGCCACCAACGGGGGGAGGUGCGAUGAACGCGGGAUGGGAGAACAUCAGACGAGCGUCUGUCUGUCUUGCCGCUGUCUUGAGUGUGCCUGUGUGUUGAGCUCGUGUACUGUGUCAUCCCGUCGCCCAGGCACGAGAGCGAGGCGAGAGCGUGGCUGAUCCCAAGGCCCGGGAUGUCCCGAGGGGGGUGAGAUGGCCAGAUAAGGAAAUAACAGGGGCACAGAUGCGAAUAAUAAAUAAUAUAUAAAUAAUUG